CGGGGAGGAGCCGAGUUCGGGGCUGCUACUCCCCUCCCCGUGCAAGCGUCCUAGCGCUUCGGGCUGCCCGUGCCCGGCGCGUAUUCACUUCCUUGCCAGAAAAGUUUGCCCCGGUCAAGUGCCCGGUUCCCGCCGCCGUGGGAGCCGGGUUCCACCGGCCAGGGGACAAUUUUACCGGGCGGCCUCCUCCGCUGUGUGGAGCCCCGGCGCUGCCGGCGAGGAGAGCGACUCCAGCCGCCCCAUGUCCCUUACCCCAGCCGCCCCUUUGCCCCGCAGCGCCAGGCGCCCUACAGGGAAGGAGGUGCCGGGUGCCUGGGCCCAGCCCUUGGCUGCACGGGGGCAUCGGUCUCAGCUUUCCUGGCGCGCCUGGGGGGCGGGGCCGAGGCUCCUCCUGACGCCAGUUCAAAGUGCACCUGCUGCGGCGGCUGCUUCCCGGCGCCCUGCCCUGGCCGCGCCGGACGAUGGAAGCGCUGCUCACGGCGCUGGCGCUCCUCGUGGCUGCAGCUACGUUGGAAAUCAAGACAAGCCCUUCCCCAGUAUUCUGUCUGGUGGACACACAUAUUGAGUUGCAUUGUAAUUUUACCAUCUGGAAGAGUGUUAAAUUGGAGGAUGUGGCAGUGAAAUGGACCAUAAACAAUGAAUUUGGAGAGAAGACAGUAUACCAGUUUGAUGGAAAGCAUACAUUAUAUCACCGGAAUGGGGCCUUGGUGAAUCCUGAAUUACUAACCCAGGGCAGCGCAUCACUGAACCUGCAUAAUGUGACAUUAGAUGACGAAGGGAUCUACACAUGCACUGUUUUAAUAACCCCGCAAUAUGGAAGUGGGACAAUCCGGGUCCAAGUCAGAGCUCAGCCUACAGUGUUGCUGUCACCCCAAAACCCCGAAAUUACAGCAGGGGGAGAGAAAACCUUUUCCUGUGAUGUUCAUCAAUUUUACCCUCAAGAAAUUGACAUCUCGUGGCUGGUUAGGAAGUAUGGCAGUAAACAGGAGAGGCCUUUAACGCAGGAUAUCUGCACGGGAGUCCCAUUGGCUCACGAUAAAAAGGGCAUGUUCACGGUGCUGAGCCGGGUGACCCGAGAGGUGUCUGAAGAGGAUGAUGGAUCCUUGUACAUCUGUGAAGUCCGACAUGAAUCCUUGGAAAAGCCGCUGAGAGGAAAUACAACCAUAUUUGUCACGACCCCAAGGCAGUAUCAGCGGGACAUGGGGUUCAUUGUUGGAGUGGCUGCUGCUUGUAUAUUGAUAACUGGAGUGUGUAGUAUAUUUUUGACCAUAUUCUAUCGGGAACAAUUUAUGAAAGUGCCACCUCAGGUUUCCUUGAUUAACAAACCAGAUGUGAUCCCGAUUAAUGAGAAGCUGAAGCUGAUGUGCAACAUAAAUGGGUUUAGACCAAAAGCGAUUAGUGUGAAAUGGUACCGGAGAACCCCCCAAAUGGCAUCAAGUGAAGCUCCUGGAGAAGCCUCUUUUCUUCUGGGUCCAAGAGAAGAUAUUACAGACAAGGCAAGGCAGCCUUUGGAAACCAAUGGCAAGUUCUUCAGUGUUCCAUCCUGUCUGACCUACACACCCACCAUCCGGGAUGAUGGGGCAGUGUUUGAAUGCAGCAUUGAGCACAGCGCACUGAAAAGUGCCAUAUGGAUGAGCACCACGCUGAGUGUCACCGCUCGGCCGGCAAGUCUCUACAUCACUAGCUGGCCUCAGGCUCCCACGGUAGGAGAGAAGCUCAUUCUGAGUUGCGUAGUAGAGAAAUUUUACCCGAAGAAUAUCACUUUGACUUGGUUUCGAAAUGGACAACUUGUUAGCGAUGUGACACAGUUUGGACCUUUCCCUUGUGAAAUUGACUAUUUCAGUGUCUGGAGCCAGACGGAGUUUAUGCUGACCAGUGAGGAGGAAGGGGCAGUUUAUAUCUGUCAGAUAAAACACAGCAGCUUUGGAAAUAUAGAAGAACUCUUCUAUGAAGUUAACUUGCAAGGGACACCCCCUGAAGUUCUCUGGAUCACCACAGACCCUUCUGUUCCGGUGCUGGGAGAGGAGCUGAGGCUGAACUGCAGGAUCAAUAACUUCUCCCCUAACGUGAUCACUGUGAACUGGUUCCGAGAUGGGCACCUCCUGCAAGCGGGAGUCUGCCAUUCAGUCUCCAUAAUGGGAGCCAAUGGUUUGCAAUCCAUCUGGAGUGUUUUGAGAGUCACGCCUGGAAGGGAAGAGGAAGGAGCAGUGUUUACGUGUCGGGUGACACAUGCUGCUUUAAGGGACUCUGUAGAAAGAUCAUACACUCUGCAGCUGCCUGAUUGACUUGGUGAAGGCUUAACAGACUGUCCAGGGUGGGAAAGAAAGAGCAGAAGGUACACUUCCAGCACUGUGAAAGUUCUCUGGAAAUGAAACUUACUAAACACUGAAGAGUUGAUUCUACAUCUCUCCCACUUCAUCUCCUGGCUUUCACAUUCUCCUUGUAAAGGGAUCCUAACUGUUCCUUCCCAUCCUACAGUGUAAGGACUGUGUCUGGUUAUACGCCACACUCAUGGCAGCUGCUCGCUGCCUUUCUGUAUGAGAAGCACCAGUUCAUCAGCUGGUUUGUAGAGCAGAGAGAAUUUUUUGUUCUUUAGCUUCACCUUUGGUUAAAGGAUGGUAUAGCUUCCUGCAUUUGUUGGGUUGUACAGAAUUGCUAAAUGUCACAUGAGCAACACUAUAGAGUCAGUGUUAUUAAUAAAAUACUUUUUCUUAGUAUUAUUAACACCUAGGAUUUAUCUCCCAAGGGCAUUAACUAAGUACUAGGGCUAGGGUAGCUAGGGCAUAGUUAUUAACUUGUUUAACAGAGGGAGAAACGGAGACACAAAGUAGUGAAAAUGAUUUACCCAAGGUUACGUAGGGAGCUGUGGAAUUAUUUUCACAGCUACUAAGGGGUUCAUUGGCUUUCAUGUACAUUGAAAUGGGAUCCUACCUGACUCCUACAUAGAAAUGGGCAAGGCCAUGAAGAAAAGAGAGGACCUAUCCUAUAUUUUACCACUGGGUGUCUCUCUUUACCUCAUCACUGGAGGUAGAAAUGAAAAAUGUAAAGACAGCUCUGCAGUCUGGCCUGUGGUGACCUGAGUGUGUUAUCUAGCCCAGUGUGAAUGGAGAGAAAGCUUUGCCUUUCUUUUCUUAAUUCUUUUCACAAUCAAGUAUUUGCAAAUUCAUUUAUUGAACAGAAAAUUGACACUCCUCCUACACUUAUUACACAAUGGAUUGACUCCAGCUGCUUUGAGGAAUAAAUUCCCUUUCUCAGCGGGCCAACUCAGAUCUGCUGUAAAUGGAUGCCAUUCCAGUGAUUUCAGUGGCGAUGCACCUGCUUACAACAGGCUUGAAUUAAGUUCAGUGUGCAAUGACAUCAAACCAUGGGGAGAGGGGAUAUAAGGAAUUAGGGAAUGAUAAAACAAGGGGAGAGAGAGAAGUUAUUUUAGGAUAGCUUUGGGAUAGCUUCUUUUGGAGAGGGAUGUUGGUUAUCAACUGAAUUGUCUUAAUUUGUUACAUUCUUUUUUUUAUUGUUGUAACUCAGUGGCUCUCAAGUUUUCCAGACUUCCCUUUCAGAAAUCUGAUUUGUCUUGCAUACCUCCAAGUGUCACCUCACUUAAAAACUACUUGCUUACAAAUCAGACAUAAAAAUACAAAAGGGUCAUAGCACACUAUUACUGAAAAAUUGCUGACUUUCUCCUUUUUACCAUAUAAUUAAAUAAAUCAAUUGGAAUAUUAAUAUUGAAAUAAUAUUAAUAUAGAAUUAUUAAUAUGUUAACAUUUCAGUAUAUAGAGCAGUAUAAAUAAGUCAUUGUCCGUAUGAUAUUUUAGUUUGCACUGACUUCGCUAGUGGUUUUUAUGUAGCCUGUUAUAAAACUAGGCAAAUAUCUAGAUGAGUUGAUGUAACUCCUGGAAGACCUCUGCGUACCCCCAUGGGUACAUGAACCACUGUUGUAAGGGACUUCUAUCAUAAGCCGGGGGCAAAGAGCAGCAAGUGCCUAGGUGUAGAUUACUAGAAGUAAUAAUGUUAAGGACCACUUUGGCCAUUGAGUUGAUUGGGAGUAGAAUCCAGCCCCUCUGUAAGGGGGAAAUGAAGGAGGAAAGUGUGGUUGCUUGGCCAACAAGGAACACAAAGAUAAAAAUAAAUGUGAAAUAUUAUAUAUAUGUUUAAAAACCAAUAAACAUGGCUGCUGGUACAAGUGUGUGAGCAAGAAUACACAUGUAUAAUCUGUAGCUUGUGCUCAGUUACCAUGACUGCAUGUGAAAAGGACCAGAGUCUCACUGUCCCUUUGCAUGUUCAGUUACUGUGAUUCUGCAUGAAAACUGUGUGUACAAAUUGUGCAUGUGCACUUUUGAAUGGGAAUUUUUGAAACUCUAGGCCUCAGUAGCUGCAGGAAUUUGGAAUCUGCCUGCUUUGCAAAAUGCAGAGCAUUACUAACCUCCUGCAAACACCGUAUGGGUGCUGAUAGGAAAAUAAGUCAAACAGUACAAUAAAAGCUCAUUGGUAAAACAAAGGUCAGUAUGUGAGGGUCACUAAUGAUAAAUACAGCCUCUCCCCAGUCAGGACACAAGCCCAGAGUCUCAGGCUGUCCCUUAGUGCCAUAUCUACCAGCUCUCCCUUUUGCAUGAACAGUGAGUGGAUUUAAAUGGAGUGGAACUGGUGAUACAGAAAGUGUUGGGUUGGCAUCAACCAUCCUUCCUUCCAUGCCCAUUAACAGAGAGAUAAAAAUCUAGUUACAGCAGGAAAUAAUUAAUAUGGGAAAAAAUGAAGGAAAGAAGCAUAUGGGCCUUUGCUAAUGCUGGUGCAGGAAGUGUUGAUUAUAGGUGUUUACAGGGGUGCUGGACCAAUUUGUAUAGUGGGGGUGCUGAGAGCCAUUGAACCAAACUGAACCCUAUAUAUAAUGGAAACCACUUCAAGCCAGCACCUCUAGUUCCAGUGCCUAUGGGCAUUUACAUAAUUAAGAAGAUGCAAAGAGGUUAGGGUUUAAAUCUUAAUCACAUUCAAAAUACUGGAACUCUAAGCAAAUCAGUAUGUCACCACUAGCACAGUAAACCUCAGUAAGAGACAGGCCCCUGUCCUAUGAAUACUGAGCAGUAUGUUUAUGAUACUGAACUGAUAGGGGCUGCAUUAAGGGAAUUGAAUAGAAUUAAAGAGGCACAAAUGUGAAUCGAGUAAGGAAAUGCCUUCCCUUUGUUUCUCACUGUUAGAAACCUAAAAGAAAAGGAGUACUUGUGGCACCUUUGUUGAGACUAACAAAUUUAUUUGAGCAUAAGCUUUCGUGAGCUACAGCUCACUUCAUCGGAUGCAUUCAGUCAUGUUAGAAACCUGUAUCACUAUAAGAGAAAUGGCAGAUUUCUGCACUGGCCACCAGAUAAAUGCUCUUUCUCUUCUAAGAUCUCGUGGUGUUCUUGUAUAGUUGAUUUUUAAGAGAGGGGUUUGUGGGGCUCCUGUGGCUACAGCAUAGAAGCAGAGUAUAUUGUCUGGUGACUUGGGCUCCUUUUAAGUAGUUGUAGUGUUUUAUGACUUGAGAAGUUUACUGUUGGGUCCUCAGCUUCUUUAUCUGCUCAUCCUUUGUCAUCACACAUGGAAUGUUACCUAAGUGAUCAGGUUGUGGGGGUUACAACCCCCCCACCAUUUGAGUCAUGUUCACGGGUGAUGUGCAAGCUCCCUUUUCUUUCUCUUUCCUUCUUGCUGUUAAUUAUGGGCCUGAUACUGCAGUCCUUACCCUUAUGACUAACUCACGUAGGUGUGUAGCCAUUGGCUUCAAUAGGAGCAGGAGCAGACCCAGGACAGUUCUCCUGGGACUAGUCACAGGAGUAAGGGCAGCAGAUUCAGGCCUUGUAUUCGUGGUCUGAAAAUGUGAAAUCCACCCCAUUGUUUCCUGAUUUCUACCUGUGUCAAAAUGAUCCCGGGUAACCCUGGAACCUAGAAAAUCAGUUGAAAUCAAAGCUGCCCUAUCAAAGGAUGGGAAAUUGAAACAGGAUCAGGCUAACAAAAGGAGCCCAACUAAAAUGCAACCUGCUUUAGCCAUGUGCGUCUCUGCUGCUUUAGAGAACUCUGGUAUUGGAAAAUCCUGGAACAAUGAAUAGCACUAGGUUUGGUGGAGCUCACCCAACAAUAUUAUGGUCUUGGUUGUGUUUCAGUCCUUUGCUUCCAGGAUGUUUCACCUUUUCAUUGGGGUUUGUUUGUUUGUUUUGUCUAGAGCUUCAUUCCCUAAUUGCCACAGAUCAUUUAGUUUCUGUCUUAUUUGGUCAUUUUUGGUGUAGGCAUGAAGCGCUCAUUUUCCUUUAGCUCCGCAGUUGCUCUGUAAUUAACAUCUUAAAUGCUGUUUACUCUCUCUGAAAACAGAUUCUUUUCAGCGUAUCAGGCUGGCAUAAGAAGGCAUUGGAAGGCUGCACUGUUGCCUAUCGUUGGUUUUGAAGUUUGACUUUGCCCCUUCUGGGUUUGGAUCUGCAGGUUGUGUGUGGAGAGAGAAAUGCAAUUAGUCUGAUUGAAUAAGGUCUCGGUGGCUGCUUUGUUUGUAAAGGAUUAAAGCUUAUGCAGUGCUGGAGAGUUAUUCCGCAUCUUUUUUCAUGCGAUAACUUUUUAUUCAUGUCUCUCAAUGGCAAAAUAUGAAACUUGCAGAAAGGGCUGAAACAUACACAUGCCUUUCUCUCUUCCAACCAAUUCUUUAAUUAAAUGGAGAACCACAGUAUCACUAAGAGGAAAUAAGCAGGAAAGGAGGUAUGUAUGCCAGCAUGGACUGAGCAGGGGGCUGGGAGCUAGGAACAUCCUGAAUUCUAGCUCUGCCACUGGCUCUCUGGGUGGCCUUGAGCAAGUCAUUUAACUUCUUAUAUCAGUUUCCCCAUUUGAAAACUGGGGAUGAUGAUGAUAAUAAUAAUAUCCAUUUACCCACCUCAAAGGGUUGAUAGGGUGAUUAAUUGAUUUGUUAUUAUUUGCAUAGUAUUCUGAAGCUAUAAAGUGCUAUUGGAGAGGAGGGAGAAACUAUAUCACAUGGACCAGGAUUUGCUCAGACAAGAUGCAAACCAGUCUCUAAAACGUACUGUACCAACAAGCUCUGUGGCUAUAUACUCCACCUCUUUUCCACCAGGCCAGUGAUUUAUGGUUCUUAUUAGCCAGGGGAUGGUUUUCUUCUUUGGAAUCUGUUUUGUACUUUCUUGCUACUCAUUUGACUCUGUUGGAAACGAUGACUUUCCUGACACAUUGGGAAUGACCUAUCUAGUAUCGCUAAUUCCCCUGAUGGCUAAUUGGCUGUGAAGGGGAAAGGGCUUGUUUGCCUAAUAAUAAUUCUGUAUCUCCUAGUACGUUGUGGGGCUGAAUUCAUCAACAUCCGUAAUGCACUUUGAGCUAGUCAGUCAGAGGAUGCUGUAGAAGUGCAAAGUGAGAUCAGGUUAUUAUGUUGCUUGUCUUUUCUGCUCUCUCUCUCUGGUUUUAUUCAGACUGGUUUAGCCUCCAUUCGUUGUACUCCAGACACAGCAACAAAACAGAGAGAAAGUCCAGCCCGCACUUGACUUUAUCCUCCCAUCUUUUCCCCCUUUGAUCUGUUCCUCAAUUUGAUUAUAAAGUUUGAACUGUCGUCUGUAUCUUCUGCCCCUGGGAUUCUCUGAGGCUGUGGUCGAUUUUACUUUUUUCUUCUUAUGUGGCAUUUCCAUUCCUGGAGGUUUGCACUUAUGGUAGCCCAUUCUGUACGAUCCUCUGCUUAUCUCUCUGUGGAUGAACAGUCCUUUUGGUCCACCCAGGAUACUACACUGCAUUGACUGAGUUCAAGGGCAUCGGAACCUUUGUAGAAGGUUGCGGGGAGGACAAGGCCAGAGUGGCGGGGGAAUUAAAGUGCUACUUAAAUACCCCACAGAGUACAACGGUAAUAGAAAUACCCAGAAUACAAAAUGUAGCCAGAUUAUAAUGUUUAAGGCAUAAUUAUAGUAUGAACAAACAAACAAAAAUAAGACAACUUUAAUUCUAAACAUUGGGAUUGCAUUUUAUUUUUGCACUUCGUGUAUUGUACUUCACUUGCAUUUAUCAUUUUAUUGCAUAUACUCCACUAUUAAUACUGCAUUAUUAUUGUUUUUUUACUAUUGAACUGUAACUUGCAAUUCUGUAACAUUACAAUCGAAUUGUCCUUGUUUAUAUAUAAUGUAUAUUUUAACAAUUAUAACACUCCAUUGUAAAUCUCCUUAGAAUAAGGCAUCAGCAAAAUUAAUAAUAAUAUGUCCCCAUAGAAGAGGUACCGUAUAAAAUGACUUUUUUCUAUGUUUUAUAAAAAAUAAAAUAAAAUAAAAAAUAGGUUUUCUAAAAAUAUAAAAGAUAACAAGCACCAUGAACAGGUUGUAGCAGAUAGAAGCAAUACAGGAUCUAUUAAGCAAAAACUGUAUACUUAAUGCAGUGUUGCUCACACGAUUAUCUAGGAUUGCAGUGGAUAUCUAGGAAUGCAUCUGAUCUCCUAGUGCUUCUUGGUCUCUAGGAGUACAGUCAUUUUUUUUUUUGCACAGUGUAUACAUUUCUUUUGUUAAAAAGUGGGGAGGCAUGGUUCCUUGGCCCUCCCCCAAGUUCCAGUGGCUGAGUUCCAAUCAUCUCUAAUACUUUUUUGGUUGGUUAUGCGGUCUAUCCAGGAUAUUUUCAGAAUUCUUCUGUAACAUUAUAAUAGGGUGACCAGAUGUCCCGAUUUUAUAGGGACAGUCCCGAUUUUUGGGUCUUUUUCUUAUAUAGGCUCCUAUUACCGUCUCCCCCACCCCCAUCCCGAUUUAUCACAUUUGCUGUCUGGUCACCCUACAUUAAAAUUUGAAGGACUGUAGUUUAUCAUCAAUUGUUUGAAUGUCCAUGUUGGAUUUUACUUUGUUCGUUCAAUAAAAUAAUCCUCUCCUUGCCCUUUA